AUGGCUGUAGCUGCCUUGGAUGCAGUAGAUGCUGGUGCUGUCUUGGCGGAGAUUAAUGAAGACUUCCUGUGUUGUGCUAUAUGUCUAGAGCGGUAUUCAGACCCAAAGAUACUACCAUGUCAACAUACAUUUUGUGAGAAGUGUCUAGUACAACUAGCUGAGAAAGGAGUAGCUGAUACGUUGAUGUGUCCAACCUGUAACAGGUCAGUAAAGGUACCCAUCAAUGAUCUGCAGUCUAAUUUCUUCAUGAGCUCACUUCUAGACAAGAUACCCGAGAAACUGGUAGCUGGUACCCCUAAAGUGUGUGAAUUUUGUGAAGAAAAUGAAGUCACUUCUAUCUGUGUUGAAUGCCAACAGUAUUCCUGUACAUCUUGUACUAGAUUCAAACCGCAUCCAGGGAGAGAUUCUGUAGGAAUGCUGGCAACAAAUGCAUGUCCACAAAACUGUAGUCUUGAUAAUAUCCCAAAACAACUGAUCAAAGGUGACACUGCUACUUUCAUGGUAACAACCAGAGAUAAUCAAGGAAAACAAGUCAUUCCACGCCAGGUGGUUGAGGCUAGAGUAACAAAACCUGAUGGAUCAAGUGAAGAUAUCAAAGUACAGGAUAACAAUGAUGGAACACACACAGUGAUGGUACAUGGAGAAAUAGAUGGGAAAUAUAAAGUGUCAGUGACAAUAGACAAUCAGCCAAUACCAGGAACACCUGCACAGAUCAAUGUCAUUAAAGGAUUGGUGAAGACUAUUGGUAAAUGUGGCAGUGGAAAAGGGGAAUAUAUUGUGCCAAUUGGUGUUACAAUGGAUAAGGAUAGUAACAUUGUUACAGCUGAGAGGGAUAUUGAUAAUGCACAAGUUGUUAUCAGUGAUAUGAAUGGUCAUGUGAUCAAACGAUUCAGUGAAAACAUGAAGCAUCCUCAACGCAUUGCUGUUAGACCUGCAGAUGGUAUGGUGUAUGUAUCUGACUGGGAUGGGUUAGUUGUUGAGAAAACAAAUAAAGAUGGCCACUGGAUAAGAAAAUACACAACAGAUGGAGAAUACAUCAAAUCAUUUGGGGGUUUUGGAAGUAAACAAGGACAAUUUAAAGGUCCAUUCUGCAUGGCUUUAGAUAAUCAAGGAUUACUAUUUGUAGGUGAUUAUGACAAUGACUGCAUACAAGUCUACAAUACAGAUGAUGAGUACAUGUAUUCAUUCAAGUGUUCAGGUAAAGGAGAUGGUCAGAUAUACGCACCACGUGGCAUAGCUAUUGAUAAUGAUGGAUAUGUAUAUGUGGCUAAUUUGCAUAAUAAGUUACAAAAGUUUGAUAGAAGUGGUCGUUUCAUCUGCCGUAUUGAUAAGAACAUUGAUGGACUGAAUAUAACAGGAGGGGUAGAAGUAACUGAUGAUGUACCAUGUAGAGUGGUUGUAGUCGACUGUGAUAACCAUUGUGUUAAAAUCUUUGCACAGUAA